CGCUGCAGCACCCCCAGCAACAGAAGAGGCCUGGCUCCAUCUGCUGUGUCCGUAUCGUCGUCACCCUCUCGUUCAUUCACAGGUCUCUCCCAGGUUCCUGCCCUUUUUCUGCUGUUUCUCCCAACACCGCCCGCUUUCAUCUUCCCUCCUCCCUUUGUGCCCUCGCCCUCUGCGCUCUGUACUCUAGUCCGCCCCUUCUAUUGUUGCGAAACCUGGGGAAAUCGAGCUCUGGAUCCUGCAAUCGAUCGAGUCUGAGUCAUUCAGUUGACUUUGGACGUCAGCGUGCCGCGGUGGAGCUAGCUUCCCCCAGCCUGACCCUACUGAUAGCGAUAAACUCCCAGGCGCAGUAGUAGUAGCCUAUCCCCGAUCUACCAUCACCAUUCACCACUGCUCUUCCUCCGUGCCACUCCUCCAGUCUCUCUCUCUCUCUCUCACUCUCUCGGUCUCUCCUCACCGUCGCAACCGUCGGACCGCUGUUACCCCAGACUAGAAAGCCUGGGACCACCGCCGCUAACCACCAACUCUGCUGUGUCCGUCGACCGAGCCGGCUCCUCGCUUUCAACAAGUAGCUGCUGUAAUCAGUCACCCACUCUAUCCGCCACCCUUCCUGUCGGGGCACCCAUCACCCAUCAACCUUUGCAUCACCAACAAGCUUUCAAGACACCCAGUAUAGUGGCUGUUGCGUCCCCGCGUGUCUCUUCGUACCCACAAAAGAAACUCUGCCCAUUCUCUCCUCCCUCAGCUUUUGGAGCCGCUUCCACUUUCCUACACCACCCGACCUAUCGGAGAUCUACCUUUCGGUCUCUCUCGUCCUCCAGUCCCGCGCUGUCCUAUAGGCAACACUACCCUUGGCUUCUGCCUCACCCUGCCCCUCUUUCACCUUCGAGCGCCGUGCAUAUCAGCUUUGUCACCCUUGGCCACAUCCAUAGCUGUCAACCGCGACCCACGAAGUAUACAUGUCGAUCGAGCCUCCCGCCCACGUCUUUCGCAUAGCAUAGGCCCUCGGGCUCUCUUUUUCUUUUCAAGCCAGCUCCCCCCGUGCUUGCCAACAUCAGCAGGUAGCCAUGGCCGACAGACAGUUAUCGUCCACCUCGUCGUCGAGGCGGCAAAAACAGCCAACCGAUGGUGCCGUCGGGCAGUUCGUCAUCGACAAGGAGAUUGGAAAGGGCAGCUUCGCCCAGGUCUACUCUGGCCGGCACAAGGUCACGGGCGCCCUGGUCGCCAUCAAGUCCGUAGAGCUCAGUCGCUUGAACAAGAAACUAAAGGAAAACCUGUACGGCGAAAUCAAGAUCCUCAAGACGUUGCGCCACCCACAUAUCGUUGCCCUUCAUGACUGUGUCGAGUCGGCCACGCACAUCAACUUGAUUAUGGAAUACUGCGAGCUUGGUGAUCUUUCGUUAUUUAUUAAGAAGCGGGAGAAGCUGAUCACACACUCGGCUACCCGUGAUAUUGCCCGCAGGUAUCCCAUUGAGCACAACCAGGGUUUGCACGAGGUUAUCACCCGCCAUUUCCUCAAGCAGCUCGCAAGUGCGCUCAAGUUUUUGAGGGAAGGAAACUUUGUUCACCGAGAUGUCAAACCACAGAACCUGCUGCUGCUGCCGUCGCCGUUCUUUCGGGAAACUCACCAAUCGGCCAAGCAAAUCUUGAGUGCUAGUUACGACUCGCUGAUGCCAGCAGCAGGACUUCCGUCGCUGCCUAUGCUCAAGCUUGCCGACUUUGGCUUUGCUCGCGUGUUGCCCUCGACGUCACUCGCUGAGACGCUGUGUGGGUCACCGCUCUACAUGGCCCCUGAGAUUCUCCGGUAUGAACGGUACGAUGCCAAAGCGGAUCUGUGGUCGGUGGGCACCGUUCUGUACGAGAUGGCGACAGGGAGACCUCCCUUUAGGGCCGGGAAUCAUGUGGAGCUGCUUAGGAAGAUAGAAGCUGCUGAGGACCAGGUCAAGUUUCCUCGCGAGAGCGUGGUGAGUCCGGAGUUGAAGAGCCUCGUCCGAGCUCUCCUGAAGCGGAAUCCCGUGGAACGGAUCAGCUUCGCCGACUUUUUCAACCACACCGUCAUCACAGGGCCAAUCCCCAAUCUCCACGAGGAUGACCUCCCGAAGCCGGAACCACAGCAGGUGAAGGAGACAGUGCGGCCCGAAGGGUCACUGUCUCUAUCACGUCGGGAUUCCCAGCGUGGCAAAGUGGCCACAGGCGUUCUGUCCUCCCCCAGGCCUCGGCCAGCAUCGCCACUGGCGACACCAAUCGAGAAACCGAACCCACUGGAACAAGUGCCAGGUCCUCGUGCUGGCUUGAGCUACUCGCCUGCUGGAGAUGGGUUGGGAAUUACCCGCCGGCCAGCUGUUCAGCCAUCUACUUCAGCGCCAGCCCGCCCCGUCAUGUACGUGGACCGCUCUCGAGCAAACUCGACAGCCUCGCAGAGACCACCACGAGAAUCCAUCGUGCCGGAUCCUUCACAAACCCUUGCAUCGCAACCUCGACCAAAGAGCAGGCUGACCAAGCCCCUGACAGAGGAGGAGAAGGCUGCUCAGGAUGUUGCUUUGGAGCGUGACUACAUCUUCAUCGACAAGAAGGGCGUGGAGGUCAAUGCACUGGCUGACCAAAUCUCCAUGUACCCGCAAUCGGUCCCCAAGUCGGGUCAGAUUGUUCGGCGCGCUACCCAGCAAGGGCACCCAACAUCAACGACUGGUGCUGUUUCCGCCCGCAACAACCACCUUCGACAAGGGUCAUAUGACAAGCCACUCUCUAGCAGCCCCGGCUCGACAACUUCUGCCAUCUCCAAGGCAAUUCAGGACGCCAGUCUUCGGCUUUUUGGGUUCAACGUGGCGCCUCAUCUGCUCAGCAAGGGCCAGUCUCCGCCCCAGAUCUACAGCCCUUUCCCGGCAUAUCCGACGCCCUCUGCACCGGCCGGGAUGAUCUCGGAUGGGAAGCACACCACGCCGGUGGACGAGGAUUCCCGCGUGGCCCAGUGCAUUGAGGAUUGGGCCACCCGAAGCGAUGUGGUCUAUGGCUUUGCCGAGGUCAAGUACAAGCAACUUGUUCCAUUGGCCCCUUCCAUGGAUUAUGGCCUCGGUGGCGUUCCUGCCGACAAGAUGGAGGAAGAAGAUGGCCUCACCCUCGAGGCAACAGUCUCUCUAUCAGAAGAGGCCCUGGUAUUGUACGUCAAGGCGCUGUCUCUUCUUGCCAAAUCCAUGGACAUUGCUAGCCUAUGGUGGACACGCAAGAGCAGGUCGGACAACAGCAACAGCAUCCACUCAGCCGCUCGCGACUCGGUUAACAGCCAGGCGUUGGCACUGAAGAUCAAUAGGGUGGUCCAGUGGAUCCGGUCCCGGUUCAACGAGGUCUUGGAGAAGGCUGAGAUUGUGCGGUUAAAACUCAUUGAGGCUCAAAAGCAGCUUCCCGAAGAUCACCCCAGCCACCCCAGCAAUCAUCAAACCGAGGUUGGCUCGGUGACGGGUGCCGAAGGAGUCAUCCUUUCGCCAGGUAUCAGCGCCGAGAAGCUCAUGUACGACCGCGCCGUUGAGAUGAGUAGAACUGCAGCCAUCAAUGAGAUUGCGAGCGAAGACCUCCCCGGCUGCGAGAUAUUCUAUUCGACUGCGAUUCGCAUGCUCGAGGCUGUCUUGGAUAGCGAUGACGACCAUCUUCCUAAGCGCAGGAUAUCAACCUCGUCUAGGGACGAAAAGGCUGAAGCUGCUGUCCGCGAGGACACCUCCGAGAUGAGCAGCGAGGACAAGCAGUCUAUUCAGAAGAUGAUCCAGAUGGUUAAAGCACGUCUCGCAAACCUCCAGAAGAAGAUGCUUGCCAUCUCUCGAGCUCAACAGCAGCAGCAACAGGACAUAAUUUCUGUCAGACGUCGUAGCGGCGAGCUAGCACCACGCAGUGUCCCGGUCUGAACGUCUAACGAUCCCAAAGCUGACGAUUAACGAACAAACGACACCUAUACAGGCUGCUACGACACACUUGAGCCCCGCGGCUAACGGUCUUGCCGGCCGUUUCAGGGCCUCGAAGGCCUGACGAUCGCUUCGGGGACUAUUUUCCUUGUGCAAAUUCGUGUUUAUGGUUUGGCACAUCAUACAUUAUACCGGAGUUUGACCGCUGAUUAUUUCUUCGAUAUUUAUACUUUUUUUCCAGUGGGCAUAUAUGGCGCGGUUAGCAUGGCUGUUCGUUCUUGAUGAAGCCGGAAUCAA